AACCGAUUAGCGCAACCGAGUCAGAUUUUUCUGAGCUAACUGAAUCACCAGCGAACUGAACGCAGCCUCGUUGCUGUUUUGUGACGUAAUGACGUUCAACACGUCCGAAACAGCGGAAGCUUGUCUACAUUAACGUUACACCGAGCAGCCCAGCAACAAUACUCAGCAGCCAUGUCAACAAAAGAAGCAAAGCCAAAUCUCAGCCAUUCCCAGGCUACAGAGAUUAUCAAGCGACUCUAUGGCUUGACCGUGUCCGUCAUCCGACCGUUGCCCAGUUAUGAUGAUCAGAACUGUUACGUGGCCCCCAGUGAGGGGGGAGAAUACGUGUUGAAAGUUAUGAACUCUGCAGACAGUCACAACAUAACUAUUAUUGAGCUGCAGACUCACGCCAUGAACUUCUUACACCAAAGAGGCCUUCCUGCCCAGACCGCUUUGCCCACUUUGACUGGCAAACUCAUGAGCUUGGAAGAAUUUGAUUGUGGUUUUGGCCUGCAGAAAUAUUUAGUGCGCUUGCUUACCUACCUUCCUGGCACUACCGUAGCCAAAAUUACCUGCAGUCCUCAGAUCUUGUAUGAUGUUGGGAAAAUGGCCGCCACAUUGGAUACAGUUUUACUACAAAUGGAGCAUCCAAACAUCAGCGUCCUUCAGAGAGAAAAUUUUAUAUGGAAUCUCGCCAGCGUUCCUCUCUUAAACCAAUAUAUUCAUGUGAUGGAUGGGGAUCCUGUACAAAAGGUUGUUAAAGCCGUUCUGGAGCAGUACCAGAUCCAAGUCGUGCCAAAACUACCAUUGUUUCGCAAGUGCAUUAACCAUGGAGACUUUAACGACCACAAUCUCUUGGCGAAACCCGAUGGACCCUCAAAGUACAAGAUCUCUGGGAUCCUUGAUUUUGGAGACAUGAGCUGUGGGUAUUUUAUAUUUGAGCUGGCCAUCACCAUCAUGUACAUGAUGAUUGAGAAUCCCAAUCCGGUAGACGUCGGAGGGCCAGUGGUGGCGGGAUGGGAAAGCGUUUUUCCUCUCAAUGAGGCAGAAAGAGACUCGCUCUAUUUGUUGGUUCUGUGUCGGUUCUGCCAGUCCCUGGUUAUGGCCCAACACGCAGUGAUCCAGCAGCCAGAGAAUGAGGAGUACUUGAUGAUCACUGCCAGGACAGGGGUGUGCCAUCUCGGUCGUCUUUGGGAGCUGGGUAAAGAGGAAGUGGAAAGAAUAUGGUUCCAGAGUGCUGCACAUUUUGGCCAACCUUGACUUGAGCAACUGCAUGCUCAAAAAGUAAUAAACUGGGAUGCAUUGAAGAUUAAGAACCCAAAAAUUAAAAUUUUAACAACAACUUGAAGUAAUGACAGUCAAUGGCGACUGGGACUGUCCAGCCCCAAAAUGUAAAAAGAGCAUUUUGAUUUUAAAAUCAUAUGACAAUGUCAAAUGGUGUUGCCAUGUCUUAAACCACACAACUUUUGACA